UCCUGAUGUCUGCCAAAGUCACUGUGAUUGACAGGGUGACGUGUAACUCUACGGAGUACUACAACAAGGACCCCAUCAUUACCGCUAACAUGCUGUGUGCCGGCUAUGACAUAGACCCAGCUGACGCCUGCCAGGGAGACUCUGGGGGUCCGUUGGUGUGUGAUGGUGAACUAGAAGGGUUAGUGUCCUAUGGUGAGAAAUGUGGCAUCAAGACCAAGCCUGGAAUUUACACAUUCAUACCUAAAUAUAACAAGUGGAUCCAGGACAUCGUUAAUUGUUAAAAGAACUUCAUAUUAUUUUCUUAAUAUUUUUCUUAAAAUAAAUGUGUCCAGAUUGUUGUCACUCCGGUAUUUAGUACUUUGUGCACCUUCCCCUUGCCAAGAUAACAGCACUGAGUUUUCUCCAAUAGUUUGAUCAGGUGGGACAAAACAUGCGAGGGAGGUGAGGCCAUUUAUCUAGUCAUGAUCUUUCCUGUAUGCAUUUCCGACAUUUUGCAAUAUUAAGCAAACUCCUCCAGGCACUGAUACUUUUGUGUUGAGAGUGAAAGUAUGUUUCAAUAAUGCAUCCAAAUAACUUUUUGGCAUUGAGGUGGCAUGUGAUUCUAGUUUUAGAGACCCCAAGGUUCCACAAACAUCUGAUUUCUACAACUGUGAAUGGUUUCCCUCUUCAGGCGUCCUCCACACUGUGCAUGUGAUUUCUUCCAGACAGCUUCUUAUUUCUUCCCCUAAUAGUUGUUAUGGGUAUUUUCAGGGUCAUUGCUGUUUGUUUGAUGGACAUUGCCUAAAUCAUUCAGGUCAACAACCUUUUGUCCCUUUACUUUUGCAUGACCUAUGACUUUCACCAUAGAUGGGGGAUGUGGCUUUGAUUGUGUUGCUCAUCUCUUUACCUCAGUGAACCAGGAUGUAAUGCAUUACCACUUAAGUGUUCCUAAUGAUUCGGAUAAAAUUGAAAUAAAUAUACAUCAGCAGGAAGAUACUUCCAGUAGAAUUAGUGAAGCCCUAGGGUUGCAAAAAAAUGGCUUAUGUUUGACAUAUGUUUGAAGAAGAUAUGCAUUUGUUGAUAAAUAAUGUUUUGUUUCAACAUUUGACCCCAAUUAAAGGUUUGAUUUUGCUUCACUGUACAUUCAGCUGAAGACAGGUUUACACACUUGCACUCAAUUAAUUCUCAAAUAAAUGCAUAUGUUAAAGAUAUACUAUUAUUGGAAACCAUAUCUAUAACAUCUUCUCCAUUUAACAUUAAAAAUAACUAAGUGCAUUUGUAAGUGAAGUGGCAUGAUUUUAUUUCUUGAGCCUACAUGCAUUAUCAGAGCCUUCACACAUUAUCAGAGCCAACACACAUUAUCAGAGCCUUCACACAUAUGGGUGAUUAUUAAUAAUAAUGUUUUUAAUUUACAAUGUUGUACACUUUUUUCAAGGCUAAUGAUAUUAAUUGUCAAGCUUAUAACCUCUUUUUUAUACUAACCGAAAGUAUGACACAGUUAAAAUGAUACAGUAGAGGCCCACUGCAUAGCCAAUAUAGGAAAUGUGUUUAAUUUAAUUCAUAAAAAACUUUUCAUACUGUUAAGUCUGGAAAUUUGGACACUGACACAAUGUUCAUAAUUUGGCCUCAGUAAGCCACCCCAAUGGAUUUGAAAUGAAACAA